AUGGCUGACGCCGGCACGCGACGCUCGGUCGGUACGACGUCAUCAUCCGAUGCGACUGGAACGCGGCGGGCUUCACUCCGAAAUUCCACGAUAUUAAAGUCGUCCAACUCGACAUCAGAUAUACCUUCUAAGCAAGACGGACCCGAUAUGAGGCCGCCCAAGCAUGACUCCAACGGACAACGGAGCCGUAAUCCUCCGAGUCGUCCCACCAAGAGCGGGCCUGCCACGAAAAGCAGUGGUACCGGAUCGACUCUCAAAGGCUCGUCGAAGCGAAAGCGUGUCAAGGAUGAAGACGAACCCACGAAGACAUCACCAGAGCGGACCAAAUUAAGAAGGGAAGGGAAAGGGGCCACUGCGGGCGACCAGCGAUCGCGAUCGUCCGAUCAGGAGACAAGUGGGGCAGCAUCCUCCUCGCGUGCGGUCACCUCAGGGAAAGCCCACAGCGGGGGCGGAAGGCAUGCUCACAUCGGCGAGAAGCUUCAGCCUGGCGAUGGUCAGAGGGACUAUGAGCUCAGUAAGCCACUGCUCACUCCAUCCACCGACAUUGAGCAAAUGCUAACGGCACUCGGGACAAUGUCACAUGCAGCUGAGCCCGAACCAUGGCGUGAUGACGAAAGCUGCUUGCACUUCGACGACCAGCCUACCUUCCUACCGACGCUUUCUCCAGAGUCAAUCCAGCUUUUUCGUAUCUCACUUCGCGCGCGGUUCUGAACUAACCGUCUUCGGUCUCUGAUCCAUGUUGCGAGCAGAGAAAUUAUCCGACAGGGUUCCUUCUGUGGUGGCUACUUUCGUCCGAUCAAGUCCAAGAAGUCGGGCCGCUUCUACAAGAAUGAUUGGAAAGACCUACCCGCAGGUAUACACCUCGCGUUCUGGGAGUUUCGAUUAUAUGCCGUUGGCCUUAUCCGCAAGUUGUUCAUCCCCCCAUAGAAUGGUACGCUGGUCUCGAUCUUGGAACUGUGAGUUCAGGCUCCUUUGCGCGGUGUCGCUCAAAGCCCGAGUCCAGCGCGAGACUCACUCUCGCACACUCAACUCCUAGCACCUCACACACCCUGAUCCACCAAUACCAAGCCUGAACCGAUGGAAGACCAAAGUCGGACAGAGUUACGAAGCCUGGGAAGAUCAAGGUUGGAUCGAACGUGGGUCUCGCCGGCUGCUGAGAAUCGCUCGGUCCAAGUGCUGAGUUACCGCACGGUUUCGACACAGCCGAACAUGACUGUAGAGGUUGGUUUCAAUGGUAUUGCCGGUUCUUUCGUGGUCGACGGUGCACCGAUGAUGAUCGUCAGAUUGGCCGAUGGGAGCGAUUGGCGGGCGAGAAAGGUGGGAGGUGGCGGCGAAUCUAUUACGGCAAAUACCACAAAGCCGGCGCGAGUGAGCCGUGUUUCAGGUGUGGAAGCUUGAGCUAACCAGAAGCUGAGCUAAUUCGACCGUACUUUGGUUGACAGAUGAGAUCGAACCGGCAGAAGAAACUAUUUCCAAGGGCAUUAGGCAGACUCUCAAUCAUUGGGUACGCACUUAUACUCUUGGACCAUCAGAAGUGGAUAACUGACUUCACAGAGUUCAACCCAAUAGGCCUAUGAACCUAGUACAGACCAUCUUAUGCGAUACUUGGAAGAGAAGGGGGAAGAUGUGGCCAACGAUGAGGGCGAUCUAGCGCAAUGA